AUGAAUCAAAAUCCACAUCCGUUGACGAAUUCGGCCGACUGCCGCUUGUUUGCCUUCGUUGAGCAACGUCACAAGACCUUCGAAAUCGUGACAGAGACAAAGCUGAGGCCAAGAAUCGGGAUGAACUGGGCAGAACGAGCCAACUUGCACUCAACACGACGCAAGUAUUGUCCACAUCUCCUUCGCUGUCGACAAUCAAGCCAACCCUGCGACAAGGAGAGUGAAGGCGUCUCACACAUCAUGAUUUCCUCCACCCCAAGAACAACAGCCAUACGAUUCGAAUGCAAUAAACCCAGAUAUUCGCCCCGCCAAUCUCAGCCUGAGGACCCAGACCCAGACCUAGACCCAGACCCCCGCGAUCGGUGGGCAUCAUGUUAUCUUUUGGUGCACGCAUGGGUCGACAAUGAUCCGCUUCGACGACGGGCGAGCAGCUCAAACAACUAG